GGCACCUGGCAGUUCAAGAGAAAUCCUAAAGGGUAGUAGGUACAGCCUUCUGCUGGUUGACACAAUUUGAGACAAGUUGACUUACAUCAAAGCACCCAGUUGACAUACAGUCCAUGCAGCCUUUGGUAUUAAUACCUUGACCUCCGGCAUCCAUUUAAUCAUUCAUCAUUCUACAGUACGUACAAUUGGCCCUCAUCUUCAAUCCUGCGAUGAUCAAUUGAGACUCUGUUCUGUGGCAUGGAGCCAUAUUGACUUACUCAUUAGAAUCUGCCCAUGAUGAUCCUCAAGCCUUACCAGCUACGACCGAUUCCCUCAUUUCUCCUUCCAUUUACGGAUUCAACCACUUGCACUCAAGUACGAAGUUUGCAUCAUCGCAUGAAGGCGCCGCCCGUACCACGUCCCACACCCUUUGUGCCGGAUGCUCAAACAUUUCUUACACUCAUUGGACGGAACUUGAGCCAGCAUGCAUCGAAGAUUCCUUCUUGGAAAGCAUUAUUUACAUUGACCUCUGAUCAGUUACGAGAAUUGGGUGUUGAGCCUCCACGGAGUCGACGCUACCUCUUGCGCUGGCGCGAGAAAUUUAGAAAAGGGCAGUACGGCAUUGGUGGGGACUUUCAACAUAUUGAAAAUGGAGUUGCAGAAUUGCGUGUAGUUGAAGUGCCAUCUUCAAGCCCGAUACACAGUGCAGCUACCGCAACAUCCUCCCCGGGAAAACGAAAGAUAGUGGUCAAUGUGCCCAUAGGAGGCAGUGCGGAAAAUAAAUCGGCUGAGCAGAUGGUCCCUGCUGAAGGUGUGCAUGUUAAGGGAGCACAUACCAUUGUCGGACCCCAUGUGCAACCUCUGAAAGGAGGAAAGGCUGCAAGAUUUGUUGUCAAAGAAGGAUUAUGGGAAGAUCGCAGAGGUCACAAGAUUGAUGGCGGCGAAAGGAGACAAGCCGAAGUUCGAGCAAAGAGGAGAGGAGAGGAGAAACGUGCAGCCAGAUAAGGAAAGGCAUGAUGAGCAAGCUAUUGAUUGAUGUAAGAUUAUGUUUGAGGCUGUGUAUGGCAUGCAUAGGGAGGAGGUGGCUUCGCUGUGAUAUUCUGGGAUAUCUAUCCACAAGUCCAAGUCUCCUAGAAGAUAUCUAUACAAAGCUGCAGUUCAACUCAUAACAUAUUAAAGUUGGAUGUUGACUCGAUACCUACAUUGCGAUUGUAGUCUAAAUGAGGCGGGGGUCGGCUCCAAGGCCACGUGAAAUUGCAGCUUCGCGGCGCAGAGUUCAACUUAACACUAUUUUCGUCUUCUUUUGCUGAAUACCUAGGCCAUUGUUUCUUUCUAUAUGUUUCCUCAUACUAGCCUAGCCAUAUUAGGAACACUCAAAAAUCCGGUACUCCUGU